UUGUCAGCUGUCAGUGUUGUUGCCGAUAGACGGAGAGGGAGAAGGCGUUCAACUCUCUUGACGUAUACUUCCGAUAAAAGCGGCAAUUAUUACUCUCAAGCCUUGACAACAUGCAGAACGUGAUCAAUACUGUCAAGGGGAAAGCCUUAGGGGUCGCCGAGUAUCUUACGCCAAUUCUCAAGGAGUCCAAGUUCAAAGAGACAGGAGUCCUUACUCCAGAGGAAUUUGUGGCCGCGGGUGACCACUUGGUUCACCACUGUCCCACAUGGCGAUGGGCUCCAGGCGAUUCUGCCAAGACCAAACCAUAUCUUCCUCCAGAGAAGCAGUUCCUCAUCACCAAGAAUGUCCCUUGUUACAGGAGGUGCAAACAA